AUGUCGAUGCAAAAUUUGCUUGAAAAAUCUAACUCCAGUCGUGAUGUCUACGAAUGUAUGGGAGAAACAUGCUGGUUGCCGCCAAAAGAAUUGGAAGAAGAGUAUUAAGCUCAAGGGCACUGAGAAGCCUCUCUUUAAAUUUCUUGAAGAGAUUCCUGAAGAAGCUGGCAUAUCUUCUAUUGCAAGUGAAAUUCAACAGGUUUCUUCUGUUGAUACAUCUGACCAGCCAGCUGCUGAAACAUCUGACCAGCCAGCUGCUGAAACAUCCUACCAGCAAGCUGCUGAAACAUCUGAGCUAGCUGCUGUUACAUCUGAUCAGCCGUCUGCAAGCCUCUCUUAUGCGAUGUCGGGAAACAAGCAGUCGCAAAAAUCAAAAGUCUGCAUCUUACAUGAUUAUGAUAGGAUGAAGUCCCAUCAGGAUAAGGACACUGAUCAUGAAUAUGAAAAGGCAUCUAGGAUUUCUGAAAUAAUGAAUACAUUGAAUCAAGAUGGUGUUCUUGACAGAACUGAGAGGGAACCGUUUGAUAGUGCUGAUCGUGAGAUAAUUCUGGCUGUCCAUGAUCCUGAGCAGUUGGAUUAUGUUGAUGGUUUGCCAAUGACAGAUGAGGAGCAGGAAGCAAAAUUUUCUAAAGUUGCCGGAGUUAGUGUAUUCUCUUCUAAAGGAACUACCGAAGCUAUUUACGGUGCAGCUGGGGCCGUUAUAAGGGGUUCCGACCUUGUGGUUGAAGAGUAUUAUGAGACUGCUUUUGCAAUAAUCAGACCUCCAGGGCAUCAUGCUCAUAAGAUUUCUGAAGGUUUCUGCUUUUUGAACAACGUUGCUAUAGCUACUCAACAUGUUGUUGACCACCAUCACAUCGAAAGAGCUUUGCUGGUUGAUUUCGACGUGCAUCAUGGCAAUGGAACGCAGAAACUCUUUUAUGGAAGCAAACAAGUUCUUUUCUUUAACACACAUAGGAUGGAUCUCCCCUAUCCUGCAUCAAAAAAUAGCGUAAACAAUAUUGGUGAGGGGGUGGGCUUGGGUUAUAACAUAAACGUUCCUCUCAAGAAAGGUUUUAAUGAUGUCGACAUGCUUUAUGUAUGCGAUCAACUUCUCGUCCCUGUGGCCACUGAGUUUAAGCCAGAAGUAGUGUUCGUUUCUGCUGGUUAUGAUGCUGGGGAAGGUGAAACAAUAGGAGGUUGCAACGUUGCUGCAAAGGGUUUUGGCACGAUUGUCCGUAAGUUAUUGCCUCUCUCAGGAGGAAAAAUGGUAUUAGCUCUUGAAGGCGGGUACAAUCUAGUUCAUCUUCCUAUAUGUGUUUCGCACACGAUUCGAGCAAUUUUGGGAGAUGAAGAUGCGUUCCUCCAGGAUUCUGAUUACAGAGAUAAACGCCCAUUCAAAAGCACCAUCCGUACAGUCAAUACUGUCAAGCAUAACUUGAGAUUAUGUUGGGAUGUUUUUAAGGAAAAACCUUCAGGGCCAAGUCCUGAGGCCGAAGCUCCUCUUCUUCCUGGUGGUUUAGGUGGUGGUCCUGGUGGUGCUGGCAGUGGUGCUCCAGUUACUUCAUGAGCCUUGAGAGUGAACUUGCGUGGUUUGGUACUAUGUGUUUCUGUUUGUUGUUUUCUGGUAAACUCUUGUGAGACCAUUUCUGGAUGAGUUCUCUUAUUUUGUUCUCUCUACUACAUAAAGAUUUCUGUCAAGUGAAUAUAUGUCGCACACCAUUUUAGUUC